AUGCCGCACCACAAACGCCAGCUCAGCGAUGCUGACCAGCCACGCCCCCAGCCCAGCCUUUCGGCCGUCGCCCUCACUGAGAUCGAUACCGCUCUUCGUCAGGUUGGCUUCACCUUCGACGAUGGACAUGUGUUUGCCGAUCACGAGCACGCUGCUCUUCGUCUCCUUCACCUUGACCCUCGCGAGCGCCCAUACGAUGCGUCGGAGAAGAACGUCGCCGUCAGAAUCGCCAUGAUCUUUGAGGCCGCCCACCAAGUGGCUUCCGAGAACCCUGGAAUUGAUGCUCGGUCUCCUGAGUUCUGGCAGUUGGUUAAGACCACUGCGCUGAAGGUUGACAAGACUUUCGAGGAUGCCCACGAGUCUGACCUUGCCCUCUGCUACGUCAUCAUCACCAAGUUCCACGCUGCUUGGAACCGCUUCGGCCGUGAAGACUCUGAGACAGCUCAAAAGAUUCUUGUCGAGAGUGCUGCGAGACCUCAACAAGAGCAGAAGACCGGCAAAAAGUCCAAGGGCGAGCGCGAGGUCGAUGAGUACAUGAACAGCGACGACUACAUCAACAGCAACGGCCCCGUCAGCCCUCAGCAUCUCAAGAAGCACUUGCGGGCUUUCCUUCGCCUUAUCAACAAGCAGCACAAGCGCAAUCUUGUUGAUGAGUACUCCCGAGGCAAGAAGGAAGGCUAUGAAAGUGGUUUCACAGCAGGAGCGGCUUCGAACGCUUUCAGUGACGACCUUCGCCGACGCGCCAGCCAGGCCGAAUAUGAGCUGGGAAAGAACAAGUACGAGAUAGGACUUGCCUUCAAGGAGUACGGCCUCAUCAUUGAGGAGCAGAAGGAGUUGCGCGUGGAAGUCAAGGAGCUCCGCGAGGAAGUCGAGGAGCUCCGCGCGGAAGGUGCCGAUAAGGAUGCGAAGCUUAAGCAGAAGGAGCUCGAGAUUGAGGAGACAAGACUGGCGCUGGCUCGUUCUGAUGGAGUCGACUUGGAUGAGGGCGAUGUCUUCGACGAUGAGGACGACGAGUAUGGCAACUACGAGGAGGAGAUCGAGGACAAGAUCGAGAACGAGGACUAG